GGACAAUCGCAAGGAGCAUUGGGGGCUCUGGCUGUAGCUAUUCGCCUGGAUGAAGACUGCAGACUCGUGGUCAAGCUUUGCACUGCAAGUAUAGUCUAGCUGAAUGACAGAGCCAGAAAUGCCCACAGAGGAGGCUCAGCUAGACUCUGUUGCCACAAGCCCGCAAGCAGCUCCUGAAGAUGCCCUAGCUCCAAAACAUCCUGAACUGGACCCCACGCAGCCUGCAGUCUUUACAGACGAGAUCGAUGCUGCAGCUGGCCCAGUAGAAUCCAUAAAUGCUGGUCAGUUGCACGCUCAGCCAGCUGCUCGCCCGGCCCACGGACAGGCAAAGAAGGCGCACGACGAUAUUCGCAUCGACUACGACUUUAUAGAUAGCGAGGAUAUGGAUGUUGAGCUGGAUGAAUGGUACUCGCAUGCAGAAGACUUUGUGCUGCUGCGAUCGUGUCGCUCAGUUGUACGAGCUGAUACUGCAUUCCAAGCUCUAUUGCCCUGGCAUGAAGCCGACACGAAUUUGAUUCAGCAAUUCAUCGCUGCUCAGCUGACACUGGCAUCGCUUGAUCAUGUCGGUACGACAGAGAAGCGUCAUGCCAUCUGCACAAUCUUUUGCAUUGCCCAAGGACUGACCAUCCGAUGGGUUUCGAAAGAUGUCCAAAACGUCUGGAUUCGCCGCAAUGCCCAACAUCUAUUUAGCGCAGGUGCAUAUCCAGUGCUCGUUGAGCUACUAGGAAAGCAAUUCGAUGUCUGGUUUAGCUUGUGCGAUGAGCCUCAUACGCCCGACAUGGAAACACUCUUUUGUCAGGUAAUCACAGAUAUACGCCAAAUCAUGACCAGUCUCUACAUCAUGCUGGAAGCGACGCAACAUGGCGAUGGUUCACAAGAGCAGGUUUCAAGCUGUCGUCCCUGUUUGGUCACCCUUCUACUCAGCAUUCUAGCACGACCUCGGGGCACCCCAGAAAACUGGGAAGUACAACUGCCCGUUCGUCAAAUCGCUCUUUUACUUCGUAAAGCGAUGCUCGUCACGUUAGGCGAGCAGCUGGAAUUGCUCAAGUGCAAACGCCGCCAGCGCCGUCGCUAUGAGCUACCAGAGGAGGCCGAUAACGCUGGCGUGGUGACGGCGACCACCGACGAGUACGCGCAAUUUCGCGCUGAAAUUGCAUCCAAAUACCCAGGCUUCAAGCCGUCGCAACUGAUUCCGCAACAAACAGCUCCCUUUGAACUACGUCAGGAUAAGACGCAUGAACUUCCCACGUAUUCCGACGGUCAAUGGUCCUCAACACCAGCACCUAGUCCGCCGCCAAGUCCCCGCAGUCGCAAGGGUAUUUUCCAGACCGAUCAGGCAUUGCCAUUUCCUCUACCUUGGAGCGAAGACUUGUCGAAUAAAGUGCCAAAAAGUGUAGAAGAGGCAACCUUGAUGUUUCACAGCCGGCAGCGCCGAGAUGUCGCACACAUUCAGACAAAUCAAAGUCUUGAACUGCUUAUGCGCCAUGAUCGAGGCUGGGAUGCGCCACAAGCGUCUGAAGCGUCAAUCAGUCCAGAAGUUGAAGAAGACAAGCUUCUUGCUCGAGUAGAUCGGCUCUAUGAUGAGUGUCUGCCCGACCUGUCGUCCGCCAUCUCAAAGCUAGUGGAUACGCUGUUCAAUGCCGCCACUCAGCUUGGUACCCAUUCGAAUCUAGAAGCCCUCAAUACCAAUGAAGUGAGGCAUACAAAUGGCGCCGGUGAGCCUUACAGAGCCAACGGACUUGGACAUCAAGGGGGUUCGGACGUCGAUCCUGGACCUGAAGAUGUCGCUUCCAUUCAAAACUGGCUUUUUGGAGACCAAAAUGCGACAUGGCAAGAUGAUGCUCACACGCGACACCAACCAGAAGAACAUGCAGCAUUCCUAGCCCUCCAUCAAUUUCAGAUCCUUCUCAAGGGCAUUUCUGGUUUCCUACUUUUGCUACUUAAAUGGUUCAAAGUAUCGCAUGUACUCAAAUUUGAGUUUGUCAGCGCUUGUCUAAUGGACAGCGACUGGGUGGCGGUGUUUCAACAAGCGAUGCUAUCCCUCGAUCCGCUCCUAGCUCUGAACAGUACAUCAGCUUCUGCUUCAGAGAGUUCGUUCUACACAGCACUGAGGCGGCUGCCAGCAGAGGACUUACCAGAUUCACCAGCAGAGCAAUCUCUUCCUGGACACGAUGCAAGUGGCCUUCCUAUAUGGCAGUCCGACAAGCGCGCUUUGAAUGUGGCGAAGCUCCGUCGUGCCAAGGAAGUGGAGGCACUGACACAAGCACAACGAGCGUCGCCCUUCAAGACGCUUUCAACAAAUUCAACGCCGAAGCUGCAACAAGACCCAAAAUCCAGCCACAGCAACGGUCCUAGCAAUAGGAAAACAAAAAAGGCGGCAGACGCAGUCUCGUCCAGGAUUUUGUUUGGUGCCAUUUCACUGUGCAAGAUUCUACACAAAUGCACAAAGAAGAAGACUGGCCGCGCACAUUUGCUUCUACAACAUCGCAUAUGGCUUCACCUACGUCGUCCUCUACGUGUACCACACUCACAAUUGCAAGAAAUCGUGCUCAAGUUGUACAAGACUCAAGUGCCGCUAUGUUCGCGCAAAUGGCGCUCAACAAACAUGAAAGUCAUUACCCAGAUCUAUAUGGCAUGUAAGCCAGAGUUGCGUGAUGAUUGGAUCAGUGGAGGCGAGCAUGGGGGUGUCAUGUCUGGGUUUGCUGCAGCCAACGCUAUGGGUGCUUUAGCAAAUGGUCAAGAUCUGGACUUGUCUGAAGCAAAGCUUGCAGAAGACCGUUUGCAGCGACUCAUUUGGUUCUAUAACCGUGGCAGGGCGCACAAUACAAAGGCGGAUGAGCCAAGCUUAUUGGGCAAUGCAGCUACUGCCUAUGAAGAGGAAAGCGACGAGGAGGACUUUUUUGAGCGCGAGUUGAAUAAGCGGUUCGCUGCAAUGUCGACCGCUCAGGUAUGAUGAUACGCUACAUGUAAUUCUCCAUAGUUUCAGGCUGCUGUAGGGCUAUAAGCACCUCUUCAUACGCUCUCGCAACUUUGACGACACCCGGGCCUCCACGGUCUGCCAAUUGAUCCA